UCCAGCCCCAUGGUCCCCGCCGCCGGCGCGCUGCUCUGGGCCCUGCUGCUGAGUCUGGGGCCCCGGGCGGCGGGGGCCGAAGGCCUGACUUCGACCGCGAUGCCGCGGGACAGUUUCCGCUUCGGGGGCCCUGUGACCCGCAGCUACCGGACCACCGCCCGGAGCACCCGGAGCACCCGGAGCGUUGUUUCCCAGAAGAUGAGGGUAACAGUGGAGGAUGAGGACGACGUCGUGGCCACGGCCGACAGCCUGGCAGGCCCGGCCGCUGCCGAGCUCUUGGCCUCCACGGUGUCCACAGGUAGCAGGUCGCGAUUGUCGGCGGAGGAGGAUGGGUCUUUGGAAGAGGGGGUUGUGAUUUACGCUAGAAAGAAUAACACCGAGUUGGAGACUCACAAUACGACUUCCAGUACACCUGGGGGGCCUAGCCCAGGGUUUACAGCGAAUGACCAGGAUUCCAAAAUCAGGAUGAGUUCAAGCCAGUGGCCCUCCACCUGGAAGGCUAAUGUGGACCAGCUGCUCUCCGACACUACCCUGAACCAGUGGUCAACAGCACGGUCCACCCCGAACCAGUGGCCACCGCCCUCGCCCACAGCCAUGCCAGCUCCCGAGGAUCUGCGGCUGGUGCUGAUGCCCUGGGGCCCGUGGCACUGCCACUGCAAGUCCGGUACCAUGAGCCGGACCCGGGCCGGGAAACUGCGUGGCCUUUCGGGGCGCCUGCGAGUUGGGGCGCUGAGCCAACUCCGCACUGAGCACCGGCCUUGCACCUACCACCAAUGCCCCUGCAACCGCGAGCGGGAGGAGUGCCCCCUCGAUGCAGGUCUCUGUCCUGACACCAGCUGCACCACUCAGACCACCACCAGGGCCACCACCACUACUCCCCUUCCCCCACUAGUCAGCCGACUCAGACCCACCCCCUUCAUCCCCAGUCUCAGGCCCAACCCAGCCCUUGCUUUUUGGAAAAAGGUCAGGACUGGGCUGGAGGAUAUUUGGAACAGCCUGUCUACAGUGUUCACAGAGAUGCAACCAAUAAACAGAAAUCGGAGGUAAUGGCCACUUCAUCCACAAGAGGAGGUGUCAGCAUCUCAACCUCUCCUCCCCAUUCAAUCCCAGCACCCACUGGAUAUUUUUAGUACAGAAAAACAAAACUAGAAAAAAAAACAUUGUUUGGUCUUGUGUCUUUCUACAGAGGUAACUGAGGGAGGGGAGACCAUAAGUCUCUUGAACCUUAAGACUGAACUGUGUAGCUAGCAGCAUCUGGCUUGGUCCCUUCCACUGCCUCCAGGAUAAAAAUGUUGAUAUUGCUCAUCUUUUUCAUUUCCAAAGUUGUUUUUAAACAAGUACUUCUUUAAAGACUUGAAAAAUCUCAGAUGAAUGCCAAGAAAAAGGAACAGGAAGAACAAUGAGUUGAGCCCUUGGGAGGUGAUGGUUAUCUUCUCCUUGCCUUCAUGACACUUGGCCUUCUCUCCUCAGAAAGGGCAAGGUCGGCACAAAAUUCCAUGACAGCCACUUUCUAGGAGUUGCCUUCAUUAACCACAUCUACCCAACACACACCUGUAGUGAUUACUCUGGGACUAUUUUGCUUAAACUUUUUUUAUUUGAAAAUGUAUUUAAAAGUCCAACAAUUUUUAAUAUAAAUUAUGACUCUCAAACCCAUUCCCAUCACUCUAAAUAUUGUUGAAGUGAUGGUAGCAUACACAUUAGAGAAGGUAGCUAAAGGUGAGAGAGCACCAAAGAAAAGAUUGUGUCUAAAGAAUAGGCAGUAGAGGGACUUCCCUGGCGGUCCAGUGGUUAAGACUCCUGCGUCCACUGCAGGGGGCGUGGGUUCGAUCCCUGGUCUGGGAACUAAGAUCCCGCGUGCUGCGUGGCGUGGCCAAAAAAAAAAAAAAGAAUAGGCAGUACAAUAAGGCUCAAGAUCAGGGUGACCAGAGAUUCCAGGAGUUUCCCCAUCUUUCUGCCCUAUCCUGUUAACCCUUUAGAUCUAGUAUAACCCUCAGGCUAUUCAGCUACUUUAGGCCAACAAGAUGAGCUACUUUCAGAGCAACAAGCUAGACUGGAAUUGGGUACAUUGGGAAUGGAUCUCUAUAACCAAGCUUAGACACUAAAAAAAAAUCUGCAGGAAAUACACUGAAAUUAGAACCUCAGUCACUAUAGGUGGGGGCAAACUGGAUGGAUGGUGGAAUCAGCAGAGUGGAUCUUAGUUCUCACAUUCCUGACCCCCACUACCAUCAAACAGGAUUCUUCCUGUUACUGAGCUAAUGAAAUCCCCACCUUCUCAUCUCAGAGCAGGCAGGAGCUCAUCUGUUCUGCCCUCCUAAUCACCCUGCAAGGAAGGGGCCAGAACAAAACACCUGAGAAAACUGAAAAUGCCUAAAGACCCCACUCUUACAUUAUUUUCCCACCUAAAGCGGACUCUUCAGCCAGGUGGGCAGCGCGACCUGGUCUUCAGACAAAACUCCCUGAGUCUUAUUUGUGUCUGGUUCUAGGGCUAGGGCACAGAAACGGAGCUUAAAAUUUGGGGAGGAUAAGCUGGGGUAUCUAUGGCUCUACUGUUUUUCACUCCCUCCCCUCCCCAAUCCCCCCAUACCCUGUUCAUGUCUCCAUACUGCAGGAACCCCUCCUCCAGAGAGCAUAAGGAUGGAGAAGCACAGUACACGUCCAUCACAGAGACAUGAACCCAUGCAAGCACAAGCAACACACUGAAUAAAGAAGUGUUUAGAGAUUAUGUGCAGCCCUAUUGAGCCUACUUUACACAGGGCCCUAGUUCAUCCAUGACUCGGGCUUAGGAUGAACAAUUGGAAAUCAUGAGAGAAAAACAUCUCGACUCUAUAGAGCAGUGGCUCUCAACUGGGGCUGAUUUUGCCCCCUCGGAGACAUUUGGCCAUAUGUGGGGACAUUUUUUGUUGUUGUAACUAGGGUGGGCCAGGUAUGCUGCUAAACAUCCUAUAAUGCACAGGACAGUCCCUCACUACCAAGAAUUAUCCAGCCCAAAAUGUCAAAAGUGCCUAGUUUGAGAAAACUUGCUCUAGAGGUCUUCCGCCUCUCACGCCGGAGGAUCUUAAGAUCACUCAAGGAUGAUUGUUUUCAACCUAUUUAUUUCACCACCACUCCCAUUCUCAGUGAUCAGUACAUCUACCCUGAGACAUAACUCCUAGUUCUGCUGCAUUCUGGGUUUCUCUCCAGGAUCCCUCUUCCUG